CUGGAUGAAGAAAAUAGCCCAGAAGGGAGAAGGAGAAAGACCCUGCUGUGCUAGUUUUCUUAUUGCAGGAGAACGUCCCUGUGUGUGUUGUCUGUCCUACGGAGAACAUUCCCCAAGACAGUUUCAUACGCCUCUUUCUGACGCACACAAAUACCAUGGGAGGAAUCUGAAAUAAUGGGUCCCCAAAUUCUAUCGCGUCAUCCUGCCUAGUAUUUCAAAAUAAUGUGGGUGGCUUAAUGCUAGGAUAUUUCCAUUCAUGUUGGACUAGAUGGAGUUUAGCUGGGAAGCCUUAGCAGUCAGCCCAGCCCUGCCAGGGCAACAAAUCGUUUACUCGUGUGCCUACUCGCUAGUCAUCUACCCUCUCAGGACUAAAAGUUUGGACAUCACCCUCUCCGGAAGGAAAGUGGGCAGAGCAACAGGAAAUUGGAUUCCUCAUUUCCAAGAGGCUGCUGUAAAACAUGAGGCUAAAUGAAAGGCUGAUCAGGCCCUUCCAACCUCCUGCCACUGUCCGAAAAUUCUCAAGUAGCCAGGUGUUUUUAUUCAAAAGCAGUGGACAAUCUGAUUCUGAGGACUCGUCAGAGGAGGAGUUCGAUGCCAUGGAAUUACGAGCAAGGGGGAGAGAGCCGCAGCAAUGCAGUUCUUCCCAGAGCAGAGCUGGAGACGUGCAGCUUCUAGAACGAGUUGUUAAAGAGGAUGACAACCUCAACAAGUUGGCUCUGCAGUAUGGGUGCAAAGUUGCCGAUAUCAAGCGGGUUAAUAAUUUCAUCCAGGAACAAGACUUUUACGCUCUGAAAUCCAUCAAGAUCCCAGUCAAGGUUAAUGGACUGCUGACAGAGACCAGGGAUGAGUUGCUGCCCCUUCGGACCGCUGCUUUGCUACCUGAGUUCUCUGCAUCCAUAGAUCCAGAUAAUAGGAAUGGUGACAACGGACAAAUUGAUCAGUAUUUCAGAGGGAUUGACCAAAACAUUGAAGAAAUGACACACAUGGAAAUCCCUCCAUGUGCAGAUCACUAUGUUGAACCUUCAAAUUGGCCAUCUCUGGAGCAGAAAGCAACCUGUAGUGGAGCAGAUUACGGGAUCCAGUGGUGGAAAGCAGUCUUUGUUAUGCUUCUGAUAGGAAUCGUUUUGCCUGUGUUUUAUAUUGUCUAUUUUAAGACCCAGCAACUGGACAUGGUUCCCAAUACCUCCAACACGACAGAUCCCAUUAACAACUCAGUGAACAGUUCACUGGUGAGAAGAUCAAACCAUGUUGGGCAAGAAGAAAGUACCCCCACAGCCCGUACCACCAAACAAGCUUUCAUCCCAUCAGGGGGAUGACCCCACCUACCCCCCCCACCCCCAAAUGAGCUGGAAGUGACAAGAUAUUCUGUUUUUUGCAAGUAUUGCAUCAGCAGACCACAGCUCUGUUGUUUGUGGUUACUAAUGAACUUUGGACGAAAACCAAGCUAGGGAAAAACAGGGCAAAAUGAGUCAUGGAAAGUAACUAGUCAAUUGUGAUUCUGUUCCCACUUGCAGGAAGAGAUGGGCCAUUUUUUAAUACCAAAAAUGAGUACAGAAUCCUAACCCACAGCAGCAUCCCAUAAAUGCCCAUGUUCUCCUCACUAGACCUCAGCUACCCAAAAUCUUUCUUUCCUCAUUCAUGUUCCCCUGUUGCUGUUAAAAUACAUUUCUCUUAAUGCUGUGUUACUGGGGUAGCUUUUUAGUUUAAGCACUGUUUUGGUGAUAUCCCUGUUCCUCCAGCAGUAUUUUGUGAUGCAUGGCCCUUUUGGAGAAAUCGAUCCAACCGGAUAAUCCAGCAAAAGCUGGAACAUUGCAUGUGUAUGGUUUUUAAAGUUAACAAAUUGAUUAAAAGCCAUGUUUGAGAUCUGCAAA